AUGGCCAACACAAGUAGACGUUUGUACGUCUUGCUCGCCGCCGUGAUUCUCAUCGGCGUUCCCGUGACGCCGCAACUGUUCGACGGCAUCGACGAGUCGGACGACUUCACGUUUGGGGUGGACCUGGGUAUGCUAGACAUGGACAUGAGCGACCUGCAGGACAGUAUGGGGAGCUUCGAGAUCGCUAGCGGCAGCAGCGACAAGCUCGACAUUAUGCCGGUGCCGAACGCCGACCUGUGGGAGAAGAUCAGAAAUCUGAAGAAACGCCUGGACACCCUGGAGUUCCUCGCCACUACUGUCGAAACCAACAUAACCGCCAGUAAAGAAGCCGUCAACACGUACACGCCCUCGUCACAGAACACCGCCACCCAGACUGUGGACCUGUCCGGCUUCGCCACGAAGAGUGAGCUCAGCAGCUUAGUCAACUCCGUCACACAACACAUCUCCAAAGUUCAGCAGAUGACUGCCGACUGGGAUGACACCAGCAAACGGACUUCCGGUGAAUUGUUAUUACAAUUUCCCAUUUAA